GUUUCCUUCCUGCUCCCGCAAAUCAACAUGAAAUCACUCCAGAGGCGGAAGUUUGACCGCUCGACGAGCUGCAGCUGUGUGUAGUUAAACAGUCAGUGUGUCUCUCUCUAAAGAUUAGUGUAGCAGCAGAGGACAGACGUGUAUACUAUUAUUAUUAUUAUUAUUAUUAUUAUGGAGUUGUUUGCCACGUUUCUUCUAGCAGGGCUCAUCAUCGUCUUUCUGUGGCUGUUAAAGGUGAGGAGCAGUAAACAUGUGUGUUUACCUCCAGGACCAGUUAGUCUGCCCUUCAUAGGAAACCUGCACCAGCUGGACAAAAGAGCUCCUUUCAAAACUAUGCUGAAGCUCAGCGAAAGCCACGGCCCUGUGAUGACGGUGUACCUGGGCCCUCAGCGCUCCGUGGUCCUGGUGGGGUAUGACGCUGUGAAGGAGGCGCUGGUGGACCAAGCAGAUGACUUCACUGGCAGAGGACCUGUUCCUUUGUUGAUGAGAGUUACCAGGGGCUAUGGUUUGGGGAUCAGUAAUGGAGAGCGCUGGCGGCAGUUGCGACGCUUCACCCUGACAACGCUGAGAGAUUUUGGGAUGGGACGCAAGGGGAUGGAAGAGUGGAUCCAGGAGGAGAGCAAACACCUGGUGGCCCGCAUAGAGAGUACCAAAGCCACACCUUUUGAUCCCACCUACUUCAUGAGCUGCACUGUGUCCAACGUGAUCUGCUGCUUGGUGUUUGGUCAGCGCUUCAGCUACGAUGAUGACCACUUCCUCUCCCUGCUACAGAUAAUCUCAGACACCCUGAGAUUUGGCAGCAGUCCCUGGGGUCAGAUGUAUAAUGUCUUCCCUUGGCUGAUGGAACGGCUGCCAGGUCGACAUCACAAAAUGUUCGCCAGAAUUGAAGAGCUGAAAAAGUUUAUUGUGAAAAAGAUCCAGGAACACCAGGACACGCUGGACUCCGGCUCACCCAGAGAUUACAUCGACUGCUUCCUCACUAGACUCAGUCAGGAAAAGCACAUUCCCACAACCGAGUUCCACCACGACAACUUGGUGUCGACGGUGUUGAAUCUGUACCUGGCAGGAACCGAAACUACCAGCUCAACUAUCAGAUUUGCACUAAGUGUGCUGAUCAAACACCCCGAAAUACAGGAUAAAAUGCAGCAGGAGAUUGACACUGUGGUGGGACCGGGGCGUUGUCCUUAUAUGGAGGACAGGAAGUCCCUCCCCUUUACAGACGCAGUCCUCCAUGAAAUUCAGCGUGUUAUGGAUAUUGUCCCCAUGAGCAUCCCUCACUACGCACUCCAGGACAUCUCCUUCAGGGGUUACACAAUCCCCAAGGACACUGUGGUCAUUCCCUUGUUGCACUCUGUGCUGAAAGAGGAGAAACAGUGGGCAACACCCUGGUCCUUCAAUCCCCAGCACUUCCUGGACCAGAAUGGCAAAUUUAAGAAAAAUCCUGCAUUCCUGCCAUUCUCUGCAGGAAAGAGAGCUUGUGUCGGAGAGUCCCUCGCUCGCAUGGAGAUCUUCCUCUUCCUGGUGUCCAUUCUGCAGCGUUUCACCUUGUCUUGCUCCGGAGGACCUGACAGCGUGGAUCUCAGCCCCGAGUACAGCGGCUUCGCCAAUCUGCCUCGCACAUACAAGAUCAUUGCAACGCCCCGGUGCGUCCUCCCUCGGCGAGACUUUGGGCUUUGCCACAGCUCCAUGGGAUCCUCUGCAGAAUCAUUUAGGACUUCACAGCGAAUGAUGGGAAAGCAGACCAUGUUGCACUCUUGUGCUCAGAGACACACAGACACCUUGAGGUGCUGGCACCGAGGCCUUGUGGUGGAGGGUAUGAAAUGCCCCAUGGCAGACUGCACCAAGGAGAUGCUGAGGGAGCAGCAGACCCAGGUCCAGACGGACAUCUCCGAACAUCAAGAGGAGGAGGAGUACUUCGCUAAGGUGCUGCACAAGUUCAACAUGACCGCAAAAAAUGACACAGGGACCACCAAGAGCUCCAUAAAGAUCCCGAUGUUCUUCAACAUCUCAGAGAUACGGGACAGCGUGGGAGAUUACCGCCUGCUGACCAGCGCCGAGCUGCGGAUGCUCAUCAAGCAUACCGCGAUCGCAACCAAGCAGCGGGUGGAGCUGUACCAAGGUCUGGAUACCUCGGCCAGCUACCUCGCUUCCCGCUUCGUCACCAACGAGUGGAAAGGCAAAUGGCUGUCCUUCGACGUCACCGAGACCCUGCAGAACUGGCUCAAAGGGACCGAGGAUGAGCAUAGUUUCCAACUUCGGCUGUUCUGUGAAUGCAGCCAGGCAAGUGUCGACAGUAGCUUCAGUUUUUCCAUCUCUGGGAUCGAGACCGGUAGGGGAGACACGGGAUUUUUACACACGAUGACAAAGCAACCACCCUACAUCCUGACCAUGUCCAUCCCUCAGAACAGCAGCACCCACCUCUCCUCGCGCAAAAAACGCUCCACAGAGACGAAAGACACCUGCACAGCCACGACAGAGACGUGCUGCGUGCGGAGCUUGUACAUCGACUUCAGGAAAGAUCUGGGCUGGAAGUGGAUACACAAGCCGACGGGCUACAAUGCCAACUACUGCAUGGGGUCCUGCACCUACAUCUGGAAUGCUGAAAACAAAUAUUCUCAGAUUUUGGCCCUGUACAAGCAUCACAACCCAGGAGCCUCUGCCCAGCCCUGCUGCGUUCCCCAGGCUCUGGAGCCACUGCCAAUCCUCUACUACGUGGGCCGGCAACACAAGGUGGAGCAGCUGUCCAAUAUGAUUGUGAAGUCCUGCAAGUGUAGCUAAAAAUACAACGCGGCACACUGCUCUGCCUCCCCUCAAACACACACAGAGAUGUGUCGGAGACCACAGAGAGGAGCGUGUGACGGAGGUUAAGGGGACGAGGGGAAUAUUUGAAGUCAUCAGGAUCUUUGUGGUCCAACUUUUCCUCCUUAUCACAUUGAACGCACAUCAAACCAUGAACUUCUUUAUAUAGAUAUUAGAGAUAUCAUUUUCUAUGUGUAUAUACUUUUUUCCUCGCAGUAGUAAAAAAUAUCUGUCUUGAAAUGAAUUAAUUUAUUUGUUGGAGGGACAGAUCUGUAAAGAAAUGGUGUAAAAGUGUGUCAGUUUGACAUGGAAAAGGAUAAAAAGUGAUUUAUAAAACCCCCCAAAAAGGUGGAUAAAGGAUGCCAAAGGACCAAAAUGACAUUGAUGGAAGAACACUUUUUUGUUUUCUGGGACGUUUCUGUUAUUUCCAUAUCAUCUUCCUGAUGAGGUCACAGUUAAAGGUGCUUAAUCCCAGGUAUGGAAAACAGCGGUUGUUGGGGUUUUCCUGGACGAUAAUGCGACAGGUGUUUUUGGAGAGAGUGGCACCGUAAAGGACAACAGACGACCGCAGGGACAGUCCGACCUGGGGAAACUCCCUCUGACGGAGGAAGCUGGAGUUUCACACGAACCGUCCAUCACUUUUACUUUGUUUGUUUUUUCAACCCACGUGAUUUAUACAAAGCUUUUUUUGUGUUCAUAGUUCAAUGCCAGUUUGUCCUGUUAUGAAGCCUCCCGUGCUGUCAAAGCCAUGAGUAAUACCAGUGGUUGUAAGAGUGAUGACACCAUGUUUUUCCUCUCUCUCGGGCUUCACAGCCAGCUUGUUGUCUCUAGAUGGCGAGGGUCAGGGGGAUGUGGUUGUGGUGUUGGUUUUAGGGAAGCCAGUCAGACCCAAUACACACAUUUUGCUUGUUUGUUUUUUAUUCGCCAUAGUGAAUUAGGGGUAAUUUAUUGCCUUUUAUUUCAGGUUUAUAACUUUCAUCUGACGUGUGAUGCUUUUUGCACAACUCAAGAACAACUCCAAAAGACUUUAUAGUGCACUUACAAUUUGAUAUUUGUAAAUAUUUUAACAAUCUGAAAUAAACAUUGAUGUUAAAUUAUCACGUGAGAGGGGAAGGUUUUUGUGAGCAAAAUAAAACCACAUGCGAUGUU